AUGAAUAAUAAAAAUAUUCGAUUACAUAGUUGGUGUGCAUCGGGUAAUUGUCUUAGUCUUCAUCAUGAAUAUGAUAAAGCCAUUCAAGCGUUUAAACGUGCGAUACAAAUAGCUCCAGAAUCUGAUUAUGCCUAUACAUUACUUGGUAAUGAGUACGCUGUUAUCGAUGAAUUGGAGCGAGCCUUAGCAUGUUUUCGUAAAGCAAUACAAUUGAAUGGAAGAAGUUAUAAAGCAUGGAAUGGUGUAGCACUAGUUUAUUUGAGACAAGAAAAAUUUCCAAAUGCUGAUUUCCAUUUUUCCAAGGCAGCUAAUAUAUUUCGAACAAAUCCAGAUCUUAUUUGUCAUUGGGCAAUUGCACAACAUAAAUGUCAUCGUUCUGAAAGUGCUCUAUCAUUACUCAAUGAAGCAUUGAAAAUUGAUCCAAAAAAUGCUUUAUGCAAAUUUCAUAAAGCUGGUCUAUUACUUCAUCUUGAACGGUAUCAUGAAGCAUUGAGUGAAUUAGAAGAAUUAAGACAAAUAGCUCCAAAAGAAUCUCUAGUCUAUUAUUUAUUGAGCAAGGUUCAUCGUCAUUUAAAAAAUUUUCAUUAUUCAUAUAUGUACAUGUCAUGGAGUAUGGAUUUAGAUCCAAAAGGUGCUAAUAAUCAAUUGAAAGAAAAUGCUGAUAAACUUUAUUCAAAAGAUGAAGAUCUCUUGCUGGGUAUGGAAGAAAUGGCAUCGUCUAUUACCGAAGAUGAUAUGAGUCAAAUGGCAUCACAAUCAUCACUACAAGACAUGCAACCAAUGGAUUCUAGUGUGUAUGUCAAGAGUGCACAUGUUCAGUUUCGUAUUAGUAAAGUUCCUCGAUUUUUCACACCUAUCAAUGACAAUUUAUUUCUGGCAGGAUCAUUUAAUAAUUGGAAACCAAAUGAUGAACAAUAUCGCUUGAUAAAAAAUGAAAAUCAACCACUAGUGUAUUCAUUGAAUGUUAGCUUACCAUUAGGUUCAUAUCAGUACAAAAUAACAAGGGGCACAUGGGAAAAGGGUGAAACACUUGCUGAUGGAAGUCAAAAAUCAAAUAGAUAUCUUCAGGUUAAUAAUAAUAUGGAUGUGAAUAUUUCUGUUGAUAAUUGGUCGGAUAAUAUUGGAAAACGUACAGCAUCUAAUCAAGUCUUUAUAUUAGAAUCGUCAUUUUCUAUGUUUCCUUUUUUUAAUCGAACACGUCGUAUAUGGAUCUAUUUGCCUCGAGAUUAUUUUCAAAAUAUCGUCAAAUCUUAUCCUGUAAUUUAUGCUCAUGAUGGACAAAAUUUAUUUGAUCAACUUUAUUCUUAUUCAGGUGAAUGGGGAAUAGAUGAAACUCUUGAUAAUCUUUUUCAGACAACAUCAUCAGUUGGAAAAGGAGUAAUUGUUGUUGGUAUUGAUAAUGGUGGAAGUGAAAGAUUAAAUGAAUUAACUCCAUUUUCUAAUUCACAAUAUGGAGGUGGUCAAGCAGAUAAAUAUUUAGAGUUUAUUAUACAAAAAUUAAAACCGUACAUUGAUACACAUUUUCGUACGAAAUCUGAACGUGAACAUACAGUUAUUUUAGGCAGUUCAUUAGGCGGUUUGGUAAGUUUUUAUGCAGCUGCACGUUAUUCUCAUAUAUUUGGUCGUGUAGGCGUGUUUUCACCAUCAUUUUGGUUCAGUGAUGAAAUUUAUCGAUAUGCCAGUGCCAUGUUCACUCUAUCUGAUAUUAAUCCCAAAUUAUAUUUUGUUUGUGGAGGAAAAGAAAGUGCUAGUACAAUUCCAGAUAUGGAAAAAAUGAUUCAAUUAUUAAUUGAUAAUAAAAAAUAUACGAUAGAUAAAAAUAUAAAAUCAGUUAUAAAAAAUGAUGGAGAACAUUCCGAAUGGUUUUGGAAAAGAGAAUUUGUUGACGCAAUACAAUGGUUGUUCAAUAAUUAA